CCGUAGCCGCCGCUACGAAAGUGGUUGGUGGAACCUUUACCAUAAGCACUGCUCAUCUCUCCUAUAAUGUCUGAAUAAAUCUCCAAACUCCAAAACUUGAAAAUCCAAACUCCAACAAUUAUCACAAAAUUCAAGCUUUCACAGGUAACCAGAUCAACGUGCAGAUUUGACCAGCAGCAUUUCCAUUAAAUUUGAAACAACUCUAAUCUUCGAAAGGUCUUCCUACAAAUAGGUCACAGUAUCUAGCAGUAAUGACUCCUAGCGAUCGAUGAGUCAGCGAGCAGACUAGAUUAGACUGGUGUGUAAUUUCUCUGAUUAUCCAGAAUCUUCAAGUGCUUGAAGCCUCAUCAUGGGUGAGCAACAACUAGAGAGCCUUCGAAAGUGGCUGGAUACGUUCGACCUCGUCGUCCCCCACGGGUCUUCAAAGGACAUAAGUGAUGGUGUCGCCUUGGCAGAGGCUCUAGCCCAGAUAGCCCCAGAAUGGUUCACCUCAGCCUGGAGAUCCAAGAUAAAAUCAGACGUCGGCACUAGUUGGCGACUCAGAGUUAGUAAUUUAAAAAAAAUUGUCGAGGCAGUAAUGGAAUAUUACUCCGAGUGUCUCAAUCAGCCUCUGUCUGGGUAUGUCAAGCCAGACGCCUCAAAAAUCGGUGAAUUAUGUGACAGUGAUGAGUUGAGAAGAUUAUUGCAGUUGGUGUUGGGCUGCGCAGUUAACUGCACAGAUAAGCAAAAAUACAUAACGAGGAUAAUGGGGAUGGAGGAGUCUGUUCAACAGGCUAUAAUGCAGAGCAUCCAGGAGCUAGAGGGAAGUAUGCACGGAGCGAAAUUGUCACUCGGUGCGAGCCUCAAUUUUGAAAGCCUGGAUGUCGGUGAUGGAGGCCAACAGAGACUCCUCGCCGAGCUCCAAAUGGCAGUCGAUCUCAAGGAUCAACUGGGUCAGCGCUGUCACGAGCUCGAUCAACAACUCUCUCUUCUCCAGGAGGAACGAGCUGCGCUCAUUGUGGAGAAUAAGAAACUGCAGGAAAGACUCGAGGAAUUGGACAAUCCUGAUAACUCAGCCUCGAGUCUCAAGUUCUCUGGGCUGAGGAAGCAGAUUGAAAAUCUCAAGGAUGAAAUAUUCAAGAUCGAGGGGUCAAGGGAUGACUAUAGACUCAAGGUGGAGCUCCUUGAGAAGGAGGUUUUCGAGCUGCAGUCCAAACAAGAAGAGUUGCAGAAGGUUGCUGAAGAGUCAAAUCAGCUGAAGGAUGAGAUUGAUGCCCUCAAGGAAACAGCUGACAAGGCCAUUAAAUACGAACAGACCAUCGAAUCUUAUAAGAAAAAAAUGGAGGACUUGAGUGAUUUACGGAGACAAGUUAAGAUUCUAGAGGAGAAGAAUCUGGAAUAUAUGCAGUCAAAGAUUGAGUACGAGGAGGAAAUAAAGAGAGCGUCGAUGGUGAGGAAUCAUCUGGAUGGGUGCAAACAGCAGUUGGCUGCGUGUCAGUACAAAUUCGAUGAGCAGACGAAUAAAUGUGAUAAAUUGGAAUUUGAAACGAAAAAAUUGGAGGCUAAAUUAUCGUCAGUGCAGCGUGAGAAGGAGAGACUCAUCAUCGAGAGGGACACACUCAAGGAGACAAAUGAGGAGCUCAAGUGCACGCAGCUCCAGAUAGCUGAAAAUUCGUCGACUCCUACUAUGGUUCAUGCACUAUCCAAUGCCGAGUUAAUUCCCCCGGAAAUCAAGGAGAAGCUACUGCUUCUCGAGCACGAGAAUAAAAUGCUCAAGUUGGAGCAAUCGGGUAAUGACGAAAAAUUGCCAACUGUACAGGCGCUGCUGGACGACUCUGAGGAGCGUUUGAAUGCCCUGAGAGGACAGAUUCGAAAGGCCAAUCAGAGGAUAAUGGAGCUCGAAAACAGAAUUGAGGAGCUGACCGAGCAGCAGGCCAGUGGAGAGAUUAAAGUCGAUGGGGCAGUCCUGCAGACGCAGAUUCUCCAUCUGCAGAACGAAAUCAAGCAACUCCAGGGGGAGAGAGAGCGUUCGACUCUUCAGAUUGAUGAGAAGGAAGGGGCGAUGCAGAUGCUUAAGGAAAAAGUUCGAAUUCUUCAGGAUAGCUUGACCCGGAAGGAAGAGGAAACCGCUGCUUUGGAGGAGAGGUAUAGAAAGUACAUUGAGAAAGCCAAAAGUGUCAUCAGAGGGUUGGACCCUAAAUUGAGCAAUUCUCCUGGAGAAGUGAUGCUUCUGAGGAAUCAGCUUGUCGAGAAGAGAAAGAAUAUUGAAGAUCUCGAGCGGUCUAUGAGAGAGACCAAGGUACUUAGGGACAUGGAAGAGAAACUCAUGGUUUCUGCGUUUUAUAAUUUGGGACUUGCGUGUCAGAGAGAGAGUGUCGAUCAGAGAUUAGCUGCCCUUGGUACCAGCCAGGGCAAUUCUUUUCUCUCCAGACAACGACAACCCUCAGCCAGGCGGACUUUACAUCCCACCUAUAAUUCUAAGUGAAUUUUCGUUAUUUUUAGAGGGGAAUAUUUUUUCAAUUGAUUAUUUUAAUAUCUUUAAUCGAAAAUUGAGUAGCAGAAGAAAUAAAUGUCCCAAGGUGUGACACUAUUAUUUCAUUUUUCACAAUAUUCUUGAAUCAAGAAUAUUCUGAGUUAAUAGUGAUUAGGCGUCACUUUGUAUAUAUAGUCAAAAAAAGAGAUGUAUUUUAAAUGGUUCGAUACCUUAAUAUAUAUUUUUAAGAAAUUUGUAUUGUAUCUGUAGAAAAUUUAGAGUUACCAUCUUUAUGUUUGUCUUCAGUUUAUCGGAUAAUGCGUUGAAGUUAUUUUUAACGUGACAAUUAUAUAUGUUAUUGGUCCAUACGGAAUGACUUACGUAAUUAGGAAAAUUGAAUAAUUGUAAAAUCGUGAUGAAAUUAAAUUUUUUUUUAUUA